CUUAUUUGUCGUGAGCCAGAAGUUCAGGGGCUAUUUGAUCCUUCUGCCGGUUACAAACCCUCCUAAAAACCCUAUUUUUCUUUUUUAGUCUCUGAUACCAAUCUUUUAUUUUUUGUAGUGAUUAGUAGAAUUAGAAAAUUUAGAAGAAUGGAUGCUCUUUCAAGUUCAGUGUUCGUCUCCAGAUUCCCAGAAACAUAUCCUACUGUUCAGAGCAACUCAUCCUCUUCUUCUGCUUCUUCUUCUUCGGUUAUCAAGAUAUUAAAUAAGCGAAUUGGGUCUCUCAAAUUUGCUGAAACUGCUGGCUUUCACGGGCUUCGAGCUCACUGUCUCGCACAUGAGGUGUCAGGAGGGGAAGGGGAAGAUGAGAGACCUUUAAAUAAUGGAUUUGGCCUUGUUUCUGAUGAUACUCUCUCCUUUUCUCAGGGUAAUAUAAAGCGCAAUGAAAGUAGCAAAAAGGAUGCAGAGAAAAUAAUAAAGGUGGAGACACCUCUGGUGGUCCCACAUGGAAGCAGCACUGGGGGAGGAACCAGAGCCGGGCUUUUCAGAACUCCAAUUUCAGGUGGAGUGCAGAGUGCAACCUCAGCUCAUGGCUUACCUCGACCAGCCUUGGCAGUCCGCAAUUUGAUGGAGCAGGCCAGAUUUGCUCAUCUAUGCACUAUAAUGUCUCGAAUGCAUCAUCGAAGAGAAGGAUACCCUUUUGGUUCGCUGGUUGACUUUGCACCAGAUUCGGUUGGACAUCCAAUAUUUUCAUUUUCACCAUUGGCCAUCCACACACGAAACUUGUUAGCAGAUCCUAGAUGCACACUUGUUGUGCAGAUACCUGGAUGGAGUGGCUUGUCAAAUGCCAGGGUAACAAUUUUUGGUGACGUCUUCCCACUUCCAGAAGAUCAACAGGAGUGGGCUCAUAAGCAGUAUAUUGCAAAACAUCAACAGGGACCUUCACAGCAGUGGGGGAAUUUCUACUACUUCAGGAUGCAGAAUAUAAGUGACAUAUAUUUUAUUGGAGGUUUUGGCACUGUUGCUUGGGUUGAUGUCAAGGAAUAUGAGGCCCUUCAGCCUGACAAAAUUGCAGUUGAUGGGGAGGAGCACAACCUCAAGGAACUCAAUGCAAUCUUCUCCAAGCCCCUUAAGGAACUUUUGUCCACUGAAACAGAAGUAGAUGAUGCUGCUCUCAUAUCAAUAGAUAGCAAAGGAACUGAUAUUCGGGUCCGUCAAGGUGCUCAGUUUAAUGUACAGAGGUUAUCAUUUGAAGAGGGGCAUGCUGUUGAAACAUUAGAGGAAGCCAAGUCUGCUCUAUGGAAACUAAUAAAAAAAGGUCAAGUGCACAAUUUGCAGAAAUAAAGAAAUCGAGUUUAUUCGUUCUUUUUUUUUUUUCCCCACCAUUUCUUCCUUUGAUCUCAGUAAGUUGAUGCACAGAGUCGAGUUUUUGUAUCCUUUUUCAAGUAUAAGGAAUCUUAUUGUUUUUGAGUUAAUGGUUCCUUAGUUAGCUGAAGAGGAUGCUUUAAAAAAAAAAAACAUAUGGAUCGGACUCUUUAUUUAUUCUUUUUCUUCUA